AUGAAUGAUAGGAAUCUGAGCAAAGAUGAGCCAACAACAAGCCUAAUCCCUCAGACCCGAAAGAAUCCUAAGGAAGGGACAAAUGGAACACGAAAGAUUAGCAAGUAUAGAACCGGAGGCAGCCAACCCCACAAAACAAAAUCUGGGAGAAUGAGAAAGUUAAGCAAACGUAGAAAUAAUCCCCAACAUCGAGACAGUAAAGAACAUAAGGGACGCGAAAGACUCAGAUCGAGACCAAGUCAAAUAAUUAACCCAAAGAAAAAUCAGCAGAUACGCCUGGAAACAGAUUUCAGUCUAUCAGGAGAAAUCAAAAUCUACUCUAAGGAGGACAACGGAGGGAUCCAGGGUAGUCUUCAGUUUGAGAAGGGUACCCUAGGGCUACGAUACAUCGGAGUCCAAGUAGGAAUUCCUACAAACGGGUACAGCACUGAUAGCCGAAGAAUUAGACAAAAAAUAGACACCGCUGGAGGAGACAACUAG